UUCUAUACAUUUAUAUAAUACGAAGGUUGAUUAUGUCGCGUAACAAAUAUAUACAAGUAUCUUGGAAUGCUAUUAAUGGAAUCGCAAUCAAUCGUGUUUCUUUGCAUUGCAAUGUACUCUAGUUAUUGUAUUGUGCAUCAAAAUAAGAUUUACACGGAAUAGACCAUAACUAUCAUAAGUUAUUUCAUUCAUCUGUUGUAUUCUGAUGGUAAAACUUCUGCAUAUAAUGUAAAAUUGUAUGCCUGAGAUGAUCUUCAAGUGUGAAAGGAGGUUUCAAUGACAAUUGCAUUGUGUACAAAACCACGAAUAAUUCAGUCAUGGCUACUACAAAAUCUCCGGAAAACACGUCCAGUAUCUAUAACCAUGACGACUUUCUAUUUAUAAAUCACCAUGUACUUAUGAACUCACUGACGCCAUCACUUAUUUAUAUGAUUGUGUUGCUAAUCUUUGGAAUUCCUGGAAAUAUAUCAGUACUUUAUAUUUACAUAGUGAAAUGUCGUGCGUCAACUACGCGCAUUUUUAUAAUGGCGUUAGCGUUUCUCGAUAUUGUACACUGUACAUUCAUCAUGCCAAUAGAAAUAGCGCUACUGGUGCAUUUCGAUAGCUUUGAUUAUCCUGUUCUUUGUAAAAUUUCUCGAUUCAUUUCGUCAGUUAUAAAUAAUUCGUCUGCUUUUAUAUUGAUUGCAAUUGCCAUUGACAGAUUCAAAAGGAUAUGUCGACCCCAUGGACCUCUAAUAGACCCAAACACUGCCAAGAAGCUUGUGAUUAGUGCUCUGAUAUUUGCUAUUAUUACUUCAUGGCAAAUGUGUUUGCUUUACGGCACACGUACUCUUAAACAUGGCAAAACCUGUUUAAUUUCCGAUCAUAUGCAUGGCAAAGUUUUUCCUACUUUAUAUGUGUAUGUACUAGUAGUUGGACAGACUAUUACAGAUAUGUUACUCAUUAUAUUUUACUCACUUGUUGGUCGAGAAGUUUGUAUUCGUAAAGCACAGAGACGUCAUAGACGAAGUCUGCGCAUGAGCACGGAAAUUUCACAAAUCAGAAAUAGUUUAGAUUUUUCAGACGAAACACCGUCUCCAAAUUCGACAGAACCUUCCGGUAGGUUUUCUUUCAUUUUCAGAAGGGAAACAUCAAACGAGUCAUCAUCUUCUAAAAAUACUGAAAUUGCUCGCUCCAUAUCUAGACAAUCGAGAGGAAGUAGUAUCAGGCGACAGGUUCUGAGUAAAACAACUAUCAUGAUGUUUCUAGUGACCGUGACAUUCAUCUUAUCGUUUGUACCCCAUACGGUGGCAGUUAUCAUUCGGUAUCAAGCCAAGACAAUAGUUCAAUCUUUAACAGUUUCAGGAAUGGUGACAUAUCAACUUUGUCUUAGGUCGUAUUUUAUGAAUAGUGUGCUCAACCCUUUCAUCUAUUGUUUUGUCAGCAAGCAAUUCAGAAACCAAUUUAAAGAAAGCCUCCAAUGGUGCAAAAAACAAGGAAAUCUUAAGCUGUAGAUCGCAUUACAAUAUAUCUUUAUCUAAGUGACGAACACCGUAACAUUAUUAAUGCUAAACAUUGUUUUGUGUGCAUUUUGUUUCUGCUUAGGACUAGUUAAACCUCAGACGACGAAAAUAAGUCAAAAAUAAAUACAUUUAUUGAAUGUAAA